AUAAAUAUGGAACUGCUAGGUGUUAUGAAAACAUUGUCUAUUAACAAUGUUGAAACUGAGAGCGAGCAGUUAUUAUUUCGGUCUGUAGCUGCCGAUAUUGACGAAACUCCUACUGAAAUUGUUCUUGCUGAAUAUACUGAUAAAACUUUACUUAUUGUAUCUCAAUACCAAAAAAUUGGAAGUAUGUUGAUGGUUCAAAAGGAUCAAGUCCUUAAUCCUUUAUGUGCAAAUGACAUUUAUACAACAAAAGUUAUUUUUGGUGAUACAGGAGAAGAACAGCAAGUAGCUGCUAGAUACCUGGCGGAAGCAAUAAAAAUUACAAAACCUCUUUGCAUUUUUAUAAACUUGAAGACAUAUGACAUUGAAACAGUAAAAGCGUGCAAAGAUAUAAUUUUAGACUUAAAAAAAGAAGAUAGCUAAGAAAAAAUGAAGCCAGUCCACAAAUAUUAUGGUCAACUAAUAAUUGGUCCCCCAGGCGCUGGAAAAACUACUUAUUGCUAUAGAAUGUCGACAGUGUUGAAGAAGAGUGGAAGAAAAGUUGUUUUGGUAAACCUUGACCCGGCUAACGAUGGAAUGUGUUAUGAACCAGACAUUGACAUAAGACAAUUGAUACACCUGGAAAAUGUCAUGACCCAACAGAACCUUGGGCCAAAUGGUGCCUUACUUUAUUGUAUGGAAUAUCUAGAAAAAAAUAUUGAUUGGCUGUUAGAGCAAAUAAAAGGUGAAAAUUUUGCCGAUUUCAUAUUUGAUUUACCUGGUCAAGUGGAACUUUAUUGCCAUCACAACAGUCUAAGCAAUAUCAUUAACAAUCUAACUAACAAUGGAAAUCUUCAAUUGUGUGUGGUCCACUUGGUGGAUUCACAUCAUUGCUCAGAUGCUGGGAAAUUCAUAUCAGCUCUUAUGUUAUCAUUGAAUGCAAUGUUGAAAAUUGGACUCCCACAUGUAAAUCUUUUGACAAAAGUAGAUUUGCUUAAGAAGCACAUAAAUAAAUUAGACUUUGGAAUUGAUUUUUAUACUGAAGUUUUAGAUUUGAACUACCUUCUUGAUUGCUUAGACAGUGAUAAUUUUACAAGCAAAUAUGAAAAGUUAAAUCGUGCUUUUGUUUCAAUUAUUGAAGACUAUAGUUUAGUCACAUUCCAACUUGUUAACAUGAUGGAUGAAAAAAGUUUGAUGGCUGUUAAAAAUUUAGUUGACAAAGUAAAUGGAUAUAUUUUUAAGAGUAAUGAAGGAAGACAUAUAAAUAGUAUGUUAGCUUGUGUAAUGGGUGUUACAAAUCCUGUUACUGAUGAUAUUGUGGAGUAAAUAAAGGAUUACUAUGCAUUCUAAA